UCUAUAGUUUCCUAGUUUACUUUUCCUUGCACCCAAAAGCCUCCUCCUCCUUCUCUUGUUCAACCUUCCCACAAACACUGCAUGCGUCUUUGACCACAACUGCUUCUUCAAUUUCCAAUCUUUUUGGACACCCUCUAUUGCUCUUCCUCCCUUGGUGUAGUUUGUGUAAAAGGGUAUCUCUAUUUAUAGAGUUUCCAUUGUCUCUGGAGGCAAUUUUCGACCUUAGGUGUGUUUUGGAGAGUUUUUUUUUUUUUUUUUUUUUGUGUUGUUUAGUUGUUGAGGUUGGUUGGUUUGUGAGAGAGAGAAUGGUGGGUGCUCUAUCUGUUGUGGGAUCAUCAGUAAUGGACUCUCACACUGGCCCUUGUUUGUGUGUGGAUGCUCUCCCAACAACAACUAGUGUCAAUCUCAAGAGUGGUGGAGAUGUUGUUUUGUGCAAGAAUUUGAUGGGAAGGAAGCAUAAUUUGGUGAAGCAUGGUGGUGGUGGUGGAACUACAAUGAAGUUGAGCAGUUCAUUUGUUGAUCCUGGAAGAGAGUGGAGGCUCUUUGUUAGCAAAAGUUGCAAGAGGCAGCGCAAGGAUAGGAGAGUGACCAUUGUCAAUGAGCUUGGAGGACAAUAUGAGGACACUUUUGAAGAUGUUAAAACGCAAAUGCUCAACUAUUUCACAUACAAGGCUGUGAGGACUGUUCUUCAUCAGUUGUAUGAGAUGAAUCCACCUAAAUACACGUGGUUCUAUAAUUUUGUUGCAUCAAACAAACCAGCAGAUGGGAAACGUUUUAUUCGAUCCCUUGGGAAGGAGCAACAAGAGCUUGCUGAAAGAGUGAUGGUAACUCGACUUCACCUUUAUGGUAAAUGGGUCAAGAAAUGUAACCAUGCUGAGAUAUAUCAAGAAAUCUCUGAUGAAAACUUGGAGUUAAUGAGGGAACGGCUCAUGGAGACAGUAAUAUGGCCCACAGAUGACACAAACACAGAAAAGAUUGGUUGAUAAUUCAUCUCAAAUUUUUACUUUGUCUUCCAACCUCUUCCUAGUCUAGGUAUAUUUUUUGUUUCAAUAUCAAUCUGUUUUAUUUCCAAAAUUGUCAUUUGUGUCAUUUUCCUUUAAUAGGAUUCUCAGUUUUAUGUUAUGUAAAUUAUGUAUAUAUAUGUACCUUGUUAAAUACACAAUCAUUAUGUAUCGCUAGUUUCAGAUGAAUUUUAGGCCAAUUUUAACCUACUCAUUUUUACCUAUCUCA